AUGGGGAACGUCCUCGGAAAACCGCAGGUCUUAUACAUCACCUACGACAACAAAAAAUGCUCUCCUAGCUCUUCCUAUCCCCAAUACUACUACUACUACUACUACUAUGACGAUGAUUACGAAUACGAGUUCGCAAGCGACGAGGCAGUCUACGAUUCCUAUGACUAUGAUUGCUGUCCGUGGUGUGGGCUCUACCCCGUGGAGCAGGAAUAUGAGGCCGAGGAGCCGAGCUGGGAGGGCGCGGUCAUAGGGAUCGUGCGGCGGAAGAGUUGCACCGACCGCAAUCACUGGGCGCUAGCCUUCCGAUCCGAUAUCGACGUAUCCCAGCUACCGCGACGGAUCAACGGGUACCGGACGCGGAUCCCCAGCCGAUGUAAGAGGACGUGCUCCUAUUGGCAACCCGUCUACAUCUUCACAGAACAGGAGUCCCCGAACGACAGUGGUUCCUUGGAGCCGAUAGAGUUCGUUACUGAGGAUUAA